AUGGACACAAGCUAUCUAACCACUCAAGUCACGACAAUUAUUGGGCAACUUCACGGCCUGUUCGAUGAAAUAGGAGUACCUAACCAUGAGCGAGAAUCUAGAGAGACAGAGCUUUUCACAGCUUUGUCCGAGACUCUGCAUAACCAACUAAAGAUAGUCAAUGGGGAGAAGGGCCAACUUACGGAAGAGGCCAACCGCCUCAUCAAGACCAUUAGGCAGAUGGAAACGUCGCUAGAGGACAAAAAAGCUACUGACGAAUAUCAACUUGAGAAUGAUGAUCUUAAAGUCACACUGCCUCUCAUGCAAUGCCUUGAAGGACUGAAAGCAAAGUACAAUGCCGUGGCCAAAGUUCAUCGCCAACGUUUUGAGGAAGUGAAAAAACUCGCCGAAGCUCUUGAAUCCUACUCGUCUCAUCUUGAACCCUCAUUUGUCAAAAUUGCUCUACCAUCCUGCUCUAAUAGCUCCUCCCCACCGCCUACCUUUGACCUUUCAUCCUCCUACGUCGCUUCACUUGAUAAAGAAUUCUCUAAGGUGUAUGAAGAGUACCAGCGGCGAAUCAAAAGCGUGCAAUCGACGGCAGAUGACAUUGUCAAUCUGUGGGCUGAACUGGGUACGCCACAAGCACAAACAGAGAGCUCUAUUAUCAAGUAUUAUCGCGAUGCUCCAGAGCAGCUGGGUCUUCAUCAAGACGAUAUGAAGAGACUUGAUGGAAAGCGAGAUCGUCUGAUAGAAGAGAAACGAGCACGCGAGAGAAGACUGAAAGAGCUGAGAGCAACAGUAGAGGGGCUGUGGGACCGCUUAGGUGUCGAAGAGCCUGAUCGAAAGCGAUUUCUGGCGGCAAAUCGUGGCUGCGGCCUUCGAGUGAUCAACGAGUACGAAUCAGAAUUAGAUCGCUUGAACGAGCUUAAGAGGCAGAAUCUGCACCUAUUUGUCGAGGACGCAAGGUUCAAGCUUCAAGAAUUGUGGGACAGCUUGUACUUCUCAGAAGAGGAGAUGCUUGACUUCGCGCCAGCUUUCUCCGACGUGUAUAGCGACGCCUUGCUCUCUGCACAUGAGGCGGAGAUUGCACGCCUUGAAGCGUUGAAAGAGCAGCGAGCACCUACACUACAGCUCGUGGAUAAGCAUCGUUCUCUUGUCAAAGAUCGCGAUGACCUAGCAGCUUCUAGCCAGGAUGCAUCUCGAUUACUCCUGAAACCACAGAAAGGUGAAAAACGCGAUCCAACAAGACUGCUGCGAGAGGAGAAGAUGCGGAAGAGGAUAGCGAAGGAUCUGCCAAAGGUUGAGGCGGAGCUGAGGAGAGGACUAGAAAGAUGGGAGGACGAGUACGGCAGACCGUUCCUUGUCCAUGGAAUUGCGUAUCUUGAUGAGCUUGCUGCAGCAGCGGAGAAAACCUUACCUCCUCGAUCAAAAACCCCAUCCGCUGGACCCACGUAUGCAUCGACAACGAAGAAAGUACCUUUGAAAUCAGCGCCAGAGCCAGCAGCCUCACGCGCAGGGAGUGUAGCAGCAAGCGUGACUCGUUCGCAAGCACCAUCGCGUGCAGGGACCGCAACUCCAGGCGCGAAGACGACUCCAGGAACAGGGGCAAUGAGACGCAAUCCACUUGCUAGUUCUGUUAUAACAACGGGAGGCAGAACGCCGUCAAAAAUUCCAGCACGUGUACCGCUGGGUGCCACACGUAAUGGAGGCAAUUCACCAGAGAGACGCCCACCUAUGCCCAAAUCAGAAGGUUCUUACGAUUCUAACACCAUUCGCUCAAUGGGUCCGCCUCGAGCGCCUCCUCCAAAAAUGAGGGACCUCUUCGAGCCGCCAAAGUUGCAAGAGACAUACCAGAAUGAGAACACCAGAUGUGCCAGUGUCGCUUCCUCAACAGACUCUCGCGUUCGACCAGUCAGCCCUGAAGACGUGUACGAUGAUCGAGAGAGGAUGUCAUACGUUGAUCACUCUAUGAUGCAGUCGAAUCACCACAACUACACUGACAGCCGAUACGAAAACCGCCAAUAUAUGGCUCCCGCAGACAGCAGACAGAUCUCCACUACUUCCACUACUAACACCGGAACAUCAGGCUCCGAAAACUGGGAAACCUUUGACGAUGCUUCGGAGCCCGAAGUUGACGCUAGCUCAGCUUAUCAUGCAAAGCUGCGAGCGGCUAAGAAUGGCAAACGAUUUACCCCUGAAGGAGUUUACACGCCUCCCGGCAAGAAGUUCAGAUCUGCUUAUGGGCAUCCACAACCAAUCGUUGAGGAUCAACAAGGGAGGAGGAUGGCCACAGGCAGCGAGUCUGCUUGGACGGAUGAGGACGCCUUCUGA